AUGGCGCCGGGCUCUCCAAACAAUCCAGACUCUGAGGCAGAAGCGGGCGCACCUCUCUCUCGAGAAAAGUCGUUCGCAGACUCAUAUACAUUCGACGGUCUCAAAGGAUGGCGGAGGUACAGAGUACUCCAGCCUGGUCGCGGUAUGUAUCACGAUGUGAAGAGGCGGUUACCGUACUACUGGAGCGACAUUACCGAUGCCUGGACAUACCGAACUGUGGCCAGCACAAUUCGCAUGUACUUUGUCAACCUCCUCCCCGCACUCGCAUACACACUCGACAUGUACCGCCGCACGGGCGAGUUCUUCGGCGUCAACGAGGCGCUCUUCUCCUCGGCCCUCGCUGCCAUGGUCUUCAGCAUCCUCGGCGCGCAGCCCCUCACCAUUGUCGGCAUCACCGGUCUGAUCUCGCUCUUCAACUACACCAUCUACGACAUCAUCACCCAGUACGACGCCUCCAUAUACCCGCAGUUCAUGGCCUGGACGGCUAUCUGGGCCGCCAUCUUUCACUGGCUGGCCGGCAUCUGGAACCUGUGCGACUACAUGCGCUACGUGACCGACUUCUCCAGCGAGUCCUUUGGCAUGUACGUCGGUAUCAUCUACAUGAUCAAGGGCGUCGAGGAGCUCGUGAACGAAUUCAGCGUUGAGGGCAACGCCGCAGGCUACCUCGCCUGCAUGAUUGCCAUCCUCUACUUCGGAAGCAUCUACGGCCUCGAAAAGCUCGGAGCAAGCGUGAUGUGGAAGCCCUGGUUCCGCGGCCUCCUAGCCGAUUACGCCUACGUGAUCGGAACCCUCUUCUGGGUCGGCUUCUCGCACAUCCCCGGCACCCUGCAAUCCACCCCCCUCACCUCCGUCCCCACCACCCGCGCCUUCCGCCCGACCCAGCCGCGCACGAGCUGGCUGAUCGACUUCUGGAACCUCGACGCCAAAUGGGUCUUCGUCGCCCUGCCCUUCGGACUCCUCCUCACGCUGCUCUUCUACUACGACCACAACGUCAGCAGCCUCACAGCGCAAGCGCGGGCCUUCCCGCUCCGAAAACCAGGCGGCUUCCACUGGGACUUCUUCCUGCUCGGCUGCACGACCUUCGUCGCCGGCGUCCUCGGCUUGCCGCUGCCCAACGGCCUGGUGCCGCAGGCGCCCGUGCACACGGAGUCGCUGACCGUGUACGAGACGGAGUUGCACGUCGUCGUCGUGACCACGACCACCGCGAACGAGGGCAGUGGCAGUGGCGGCGGCGGCGGUGGCGGCGGCGGGGAGCUGCGGCGGCCCGUGGUGAAGGCGGCUGCUGUUGUCGAGCAGCGCGUGUCGCACUUCCUCAUGGGGCUCGCGCUGAUCGGCACCAUGACGGGGCCGCUGCUGGUGGUGCUGCGGACGAUGCCGGCGGCGGUGUUUGCGGGCGUGUUUUUUGUCGUUGGGUGGGGCUCCAUAGAAUCGAACGGCAUCCUCAGCAAGCUCAUCAUGUUCAUGCGCGAGCGGCGAUUCAUCCAGUCGGACGAGCCGCUGCUCACGAUCCAGCGGAGGAAGGUAUGGAUGUAUAUCGGCUUCCAGAUCGUCGGCGUCGCCGCAUGCGUAGCCAUAUCGCAGACGAUAGCAGCCAUAGGCUUCCCGGUCCUCAUCUGCGCCCUGAUCCCGCUGAGAACACACGUGCUGCCCAAGGUCUUCACCAGGCAUGAACUCGACGUCUUGGAUGACCUGACGGCGAACAAUUCCGCGGUGCUGGCGAGUCUGGGUGGUGCGCCAACGUUGCUGGAGAAUGCUGCGCCGGAAUGA